AUGCAGGCUUUCAAUCCCAACACGAACGACCAUGACUAUAGUGUUGUUGUGAUGGUAGAAAAUAGAGGCUUCCCAGAUGAUCAAUCCCUUGUGAAAUUUCCUCAAGUCUCAAUUGCCUGGAAUGUCUUCAAGAGCUACCAUGUUAUUCAAGAUGGUACCGGCACCACCACUCGAUCGAGAAAUCCGAUAACAAACCCCGACACGACACACAAAUUUAAUGCUCUACAAUCGUUACCGUCACAUGAAAUUAUAUCCAAUAUGUUACAUGAGUUACACAUCUCAUUCCCAUUAGACAGGCUACGCUGGAAACCGAGUCGUUUUGUGAAUAACACUGAGCCGUUGAACAACGUUGAAGACACGAUCAACAACAUACGACGGGCCAUUGAUGGUAUGGUUACUGCAGGACAACGUAAGAAGCUGGACGUGAUUGUCACCGUCGACAAGCAGAGUAAGAUCUCACAGCAACAAUAUGAUGCAAUGGUUGCAAGGAGGGAGGUUGAACAUAUGUUAAAUGAUUUCCGUUCUAUGCUUUCACGUGAAGGUUUGCUACAACAGCCACAUGAGGAGGCACGUGACCAAGCUACGAGUAGUGUUGAUGCUUUAAGGUGGCGAUUGGUUCGGUCGCAUUUGAAUGAAAUAAGGUCACGUGCAGCCGCUGCAGGGAUGCUCAAUAAUAUUAAUUAUGAAGGAGGUUUGGAUGUAAAUGAAAUAUUGAUCGAAAUGGGGAUGUUGAUGGAGGAGCUCUCAGAUGACCAUCAAGCUCGACUGCUUAGGGCAAAGCCUGCAACAAAAGCUUCGGUUGAGGCAUUAGCCAAGUUAAUCAAAAUUGAUGGAGUAAAUUAUGGUACUAAUAGUGAGUAUUGUGUGGUCUGCAUGGAGAAGAUGUUGAGUGGGGAAGAAGUCACGUGCAUGCCAUGCUCUCAUUUGUUUCAUGCAGACUGUGUUGUUCAAUGGUUGAAGUUGCGUCACACGUGCCCUGUCUGUAGGUUCAAGUUGCCGACUGAUUGA